AUGGUAUUCAUUCAUGGUAGUGGAUUUUUGAUCGAUUCUGCAACUCGAUAUGGUGACAUCAGCAUUUGCAACAGUCUGUGUCAUCGUAAUGUUAUCGUUGUAACGAUACAGUCUACCGGUGAUGAAACAUGUCCAGGUAACAAUGGCCUUUGGGAUCAAGCAAUGGCAUUGCAAUGGAUAAAAGCUACGCGUUCAAAACCUGAAUAA